GUGGCGGUGCGCUGGCAGGUUCCGGAAUAUCCAGGUUUCUUCACAGGGAACCACUGCAUGAGUGAGAGGAGUGGACAGUGGCCACCCGAGACCUUUGCCUACGCUAGUAUGCUUUCAGGCUACAGCCACCGGCCCAGCUGACCAUGGCACUUUCUGCAGAGACUGAGUCAUACAUCUACCGAGCUCUGCGCACUGCCUCUGGGGCUGCCGCCCACUUUGUGGCCCUAGGCUUUACCAUCUUUGUGGCUGUGCUUGCCUGGCCUGGCUCCAGCUUAUUCUCCUGGCACCCUGUGCUUAUGUCUCUGGCUUUCUUCCUGAUGACCGAGGCACUACUGGUGUUCUCUCCUGAGAGUUCACUGCUGCGUUCCCUCUCACGGAAGGGCCGAGCACGCUGCCACUGGGUGCUGCAGCUCCUGUCCCUGCUGUGUGCACUGCUGGGCCUCGGCCUUGUCAUCCUCCACAAAGAGCAGCUUGGCAAAGCCCAUCUGGCCACACGGCACGGACAGACAGGGCUGCUAGCUGUGCUAUGGGCAGGGCUGCAGUGCUCAGGUGGGGUGGGGCUGCUCUACCCCAAGCUGCUGCCCCGAUGGCCCCUGGCAAAGCUUAAGUUAUACCAUGCUACUUCCGGGCUGGUCGGGUACCUGCUAGGUAGUACCAGCCUCUUGUUAGGCAUGUGCUCACUCUGGUUCACUGCCACUGUCACUGGUGGGGCCUGGUACCUGGCUGUGCUAUGCCCUGUCCUCACCAGCUUGGUCAUCAUGAACCAGGUGAGCAAUGCUUACUUAUACCGCAAAAGGAUCCAACCAUGAGCUUCCAG